AUGCUUAAUACCCCAGGGAAAACUAUCCAGUAUGUCUUAGAUAAGCUCAAGGUGGCUCCUUUAACUAAUGAAGGGCUGGCCGCGGCCAUAGUCGCAGCUGUUGGCCCGCUACAGCAAAGACCGCUGCAGCAACAAGGGCUGUGUUUCCGAUGCGGCCAGCGUCGCCGCGACGUGAGACUGGGACCUGAAUGUGACGAUGAAGUUAAGUUGUGGAGCAUCACAGCACGCAUCUUCGCUUCAAUUUUCGCGCGAGUCUCAGCAGCAGCAGCUUUGACCCAGAUAGAAAGAUUGGCAUGUUGGUCUGCAAAACAGGCUAUUAUGACCACGCUUGUGUUAAAUGCUAUGCUUGAAGAUCUUAAUAGUGUCCGCCAUGCGCUGCUACAGAAUAGAGCAGCUAUUGACUUCUUGCUGUUGGCUCAAGGACAUGGAUGUGAGGACAUUGAUGGAAUGUGCUGCUUUAACCUCUGUGAUCACAGCGUGUCGAUUCAUAAACAACUACAAUGGAUGCAAGAACAUACGCAGAAGAUCAAAGAAGAGAGUGAUCCUUUUGGAAAUUGGCUGAACAGACUGUUUGGGGGAGUGGGUUCAUGGCUGAAGCAAUUGCAUAAGGUUCUCACAAUAGGGCUUGCAAUUUUUGUAUGUAUUCUGAUUUGCUUUCUAUGCUUUGUAGGAUGCUUGCAGAACUCCUUGCAACAAAUGAUGGAAAAGACUUUUGACCAUCGGAUUGAGUAUCAUAGACUGCGUGAAAAGUUGUAG